AUGGCCGAGGCUAUCAAGCAAGUAUUCGCGUCCAAGAAGGAGCAGGACCAGGCGGCGUUUAUUACCUUCCUCACGGCGGGCUUUCCCACCGCCGAUGCGACGGUGCCGCUCAUGCUCGCCAUGGAGAAGGGUGGCGCCGACAUUAUUGAGCUUGGCGUUCCCUUCUCUGACCCGUCGGCUGACGGGCCUGUCAUCCAAGAGGCCAACACUAUCGCCAUCCAGAACGGCGUCGACUACCGCAAGUGUCUGGACUACGUGCGCGAGGCUCGCACCAAGGGUCUCAAGGCGCCCGUCAUCUUCAUGGGUUACUACAACUCGUUCCUUGCGUACGGCGAGGAGAAGGCUGUCAAGGAUGCCAAGGACGCCGGCGCCAACGGCUACAUUGUCGUCGACCUUCCCCCCGAGGAGGCCAUGCAGUUCCGCAACGUCUGCAAGGACACGGGUAUGUCGUACGUCCCCCUUGUCGCGCCCGCGACCACCAUCGACCGUGUCAAGUUCCUCGCGACUAUUGCCGACUCGUUCAUCUACGUCGUCUCCAAGAUGGGCACGACGGGCUCGUCGUCUGGCAGCAAGAUCAACGUCGCCCUCCCGGACCUCCUCCACCGCAUAAGGAACUUUACGCCUGUUCCCCUCGCUGUCGGCUUCGGCGUCGACGACCGCACCCACUUCGAGUUCAUCGCCGCUGCCGGUGCCGACGCCGUCGUUGUUGGAUCCAAGGUCAUCAAGAUUGUCCGCGAGGCGCCUCAGGGGCAGGCUGAGUCCGCUAUUGAGGCGUACUGCCGCAGCAUGACUCUUAUCGACCAGCCUCCCGUGACGCGCGCCACCCUUAGCAGCAAGGCUGCUCUGUCCAAGCCCGAACCCGCGCUUCCCAUUCCCCCGUCUACUGCGGACGACAAGGGCAAGUACACUGUUCGCGCGGGUGAGCGGCUCCCGUCCAAGUUUGGACCCUUCGGUGGCGCCUUUGUUCCCGAGGCCCUCGUCGGCUGUUUGAACGAGCUCGAGGACGAGUACGUCCGAGCGAGCAAAGACCCCAAGUUCUGGAAGGAGUACGAAGACAUGUUCGAGUACAUCGGCCGUCCUAGCAGCCUGUACUUUGCCGACCGCAUGACGGAGAAGAUGGGUGGAGCGAGGAUCUGGCUCAAGCGUGAGGACUUGAAUCACACGGGCUCGCACAAGCUCAACAACGCGAUCGGCCAGAUCCUUCUGGCCAAGCGCUUGGGCAAGACGCGCAUCAUUGCUGAGACCGGUGCCGGUCAGCACGGUGUCGCCACUGCCACGGUGUGCGCCAAGUUUGGCCUGGAGUGCGUCAUCUACAUGGGUGCCGAGGACGUGCGCCGUCAGGAGAUGAACGUCUUCCGCAUCAAGAUGCUGGGCGCCACGGUUGUCCCCGUGACUUCCGGGUCGCAAACGCUCAAGGAUGCUGUCAACGACGCUAUGCGUGAGUGGGUCACGCGUCUCGACACCACACACUACCUCAUUGGUUCCGCGAUCGGGCCCCAUCCGUUCCCCACCAUCGUGCGCGACUUCCAGCGCGUGAUCGGCCGCGAGAUCAAGUCUCAGGCUGCGGAGAAGUGGGGCGGGCUCCCCGACGCGGUCGUAGCGUGCGUCGGUGGUGGUUCGAACGCCAUCGGUACGUUCUACGACUUCAUCGAGGAUAAGAGCGUACGCCUCAUCGGUGUCGAGGCCGGCGGUCACGGUAUCGACACGGACGGCCAUUCGGCCACGCUCGUCAAGGGUGUGCCAGGUGUCGUGCACGGCGCUGCGUCGUACAUCAUCCAGGAUCUCAUGGGUCAGCUCACGCCCACUCACUCGAUCUCGGCUGGCCUCGACUACAACUCGGUCGGCCCCGAGCACGCGUACCUCAAGUCGAUCGGUCGUGCUGAGUACAUCGCUGCGGACGACGUACAGGCCCUCACCGCCUUCCGCUGGCUCACGCAGAACGAGGGCAUCAUCCCUGCCCUCGAGUCGAGCCACGCCCUCUGGGGAGGCUUCCAGCUCGCCAAGACCCUGCCCAAGGACAAGAAUGUUGUCAUCUGUCUCUCGGGUAACGGUGCCAAGGACGUUGAGGAGGUCCUCCUCACCCUCAGGAAGAAGGAGUGGGCCGACAAGCUCGACUGGCACGUUGCUGCUUAA